UGACAAUGCUAACACCAAGUAAAAGUUGUAGUGAAUGUAUGGCUGUGACAUAAAACAAUGUUGUUCAGGAGAAAGGCAAGGCCGAAUUAAAGUGUUGCAACAAAAGUUACUAGACCAGGAGGUUUGUAAAUGGUUUGGCUUCAGUGUGCCUCGUACUUCGCUCCAACGUGGUCUUCCCUCAUUAUCUCACUCCAUGACUAUUACUUUCGCUGAAACUAAUCCAAAUUCCUUUUAAUGAUCUUGCAACUGAUAGACUGAGUUCCACUAUGGCAAAGAGAUUGCUCCUAUUAUUGGUGGUGAUGGCGUCAGUAACGCAGUCUCCAUUCCUGAUACUUGCUUCAACACUUCAAGACCCUUUGCUUUUGGAGCGUGAGGUAGCAGCCCAUAGGUGGUCUCCCUUGAUAUGGUUCCAUCCUUCCGAGGCCUAUUUUCCAAGUUCUGUGCCCUUUUUCCUACAGCACACCACUCUGAGCAUGGGGAAAGGACAUGCUGAGGUACAACAGGGCUCAAGAGCACAAGGACUGAACUUGCCCUCAGGAAGACCAAGCCAGGAUUUUUAUCUUCUUGCAUCUCAUAACUUUGAAUGUCUGGACUGUACACUGCCUGGAUUUCUUCAUGGUCAAAAGCCAAAGAAGAACUAUUCACCUCCAGUAUAUGUCACAAUACACACAUGCCCUUCAGUCCUCUCAUCACGAGCUGUUAGAAAUACUGAGAUCUCUCUUAGUGAUGAUGAGUUCAUCAGCCUCAAGACCUACAAUGAUGCUCUAGAAAAUAUUACAACAGAGUCCAUUUCUCACACUGACCAUAGACCUACAUUUUCUGCCAUUGAUGCUACUAUGGAACAAAAUACAUCUUCUCUUUAUACAAAUUUUACAUAUUUAUUGCCAAAUAUUUCUUCCCAAGACAAUCAAGCUCAAGGAAGAAAAAUUCAUUCCUCUGUUUCUACUCUUGAAACAGGAAACCCACAAUAUGAAGAAAACACUACAAGCUUUUCAAUCUGUAUCAAUAAUGGCACUUCAUGCCAAAAAAGCAUUAUUGAAGAGAAAACUCAUAUAAACAUGACAAAAGUUCAAAUUCCUGAUUAUUCAAACAAUUUAGACACCAGAAACAUAAGAGUCAUUGAUAAUAUUCCACUGAGGACUACUGUAACUCCAUAUACAAAUGAAUCACAGAUCACAAAAAUAUAUUUUACUGAAUUUCUAAAUUCAUCAUUAUCACAACAAAAUGAUACUCAAGUGAAUAAUACAAAUGAUUUAAUAAACAAAACCAAAUCAACUUCAAUAAGACUGUAUUAUAAUAAUGAAAAGCAACAUGGAAGAGCACCCACUAACAAAGACCAAUUCCUUCCAUCUGAACAACAAUAUACUAUAACCUACUGGAUGUUUUAUCCCUACAACAGAGGCAAAAAUGUAUGCACUAUUAAUCUUGGAUUCUUUGGAAAAAUGUUCAAGAUAAAAAUAAAUGGUGUGUGCUAUGGUGAGGAAAUUACUUUGGGAAACCAUGUUGGAGACUGGGAGCAUGUAUCCAUUAAAUUUAAAGGUAGUGAGCCGACUCAUAUGUACGUGUCAGCCCAUACUUUUGGGGCUUACUACACUUAUGAUGCCAAAAACCAUAGGUUUAUCUAUGAAGAUGAAGACACAAGAGAGGGCAUUUCCAUGUCACCAGUUUAUCCCAAAAUUAUUCACUUUGCAGGAUCUCAUCCUAUUCUUUAUUCAGCAAAAGGAUCUCAUGGUUUAUGGGGAGCUGAAGGUACCAAUCAGUACAACUCACUACCACUGCUGCAAGAUGAAACGGGUAAAGGUACACCAUGGAAAAUAUGGAAAAAUCUAAAAAUCAUAGAUGUGCAAGAUCCACUAUCAGUGCAACAACAUGGGUAAAUUAAUAUGAUAUUUCUUAUACAUAGAUUAAAUAAAUUUUAGAUUAAAUGGACAAAAUAUUAGUUUUCAGACUUAACAGACAUUGCACUAAAAAAUACAAUAUAUUUAUUAAUUUGCAUACUAUUAACAUUCCAUGCCUAUUGAGUAAUGAAAUAUCCAACAGUUAAUAACACUUGUUGAUAUAGAUGGUAGUGUACACCUGACCACCAAUUGUGGGUGGAAGAUACAUGUUCAAAUGUUUAUGACCUCAAUUUAUAUGUUUGUUCCUGACUUCUAUUUCAUGCUGGCAAUUUUAUUGAAUUAUAUAUGAAAAUUCUUGAUGCCAACACCAAGAUCAACAUUGUAAUAAAUCACAACUAAUGAUGUCUUCCUUUACCUAUUAAUGUGCUGAAUCCAAAUCAACUACAUAACAAUAUUCCAAAUGAAAAUUAUGA